AUGAAUUCACUAAUCAACUAUUGCGAGCAGUUCAUGCUUGCUAUUCUACGCAAAGGAAAGAUACCUCGUCAUAUAGGGUUUAUUCUUGAUGGAAAUAGACGAUAUGCAAGGAAAAUAGGAGCUGCAUCGACAAAAUUUGGUCACUAUGAAGGGUUUAAACAGCUGGAAAAAGUCUUGGAUUUAUGUAUGCAACUAGGUGUUGAGGUAGUUACUGCCUUUGCUUUUAGCAUCGAUAAUUUUAAUCGAUCUAAAGAAGAGGUUGACUAUCUGAUGCAAUUAUUCUGUGAAGCAUUUGAUGGAUUUUGUGAAAGAAGUUCUCUAGUUCAUCAGUAUGGUAUCAAGAUAAAAAUUAUAGGUAACCUGAGUCUAUUGCCAGCCAAUGUACAACAAGUAGCAUACAAGAUUAUGGAAGAAACAAAGCAUCAUAAAAGUCGUAUAUUGAAUAUAUGCUGUCCAUAUACAUCAAGAGAUGAAAUGACGACGGCAAUUAAAGAGACAGUUCAGUCAGUAAAGGAAGGAAAGCUGUCAAUAGAACAGAUAAAUGAUGAAACAAUACAGAAUCAUCUAUUCACAUCAGAUUGCCCACCACUCGAUAUUCUUCUGAGGACAUCAGGUGAAAUUCGUCUAAGCGAUUUCUUAUUAUGGCAGGCAAGCGAUGGAUGCCAGAUACAGUUUGUCAAUUGUUAUUGGCCUGAACUGACACUAUGGAAGUUGCUACCUGUUUUACUAGAAUAUCAAAUAUACUCUGAUCAUCAGCAACAAGCGAAAAAUAAUAGUAAAAUGCCAAUGUUUAUUAAAUAA